UCCACUUGCAAAUCCAUGCGUAAGCUCCUUCGUGGCUUUGCGAGAAAAUCAAUAACAACAACCUUCUAUAACUAAAUCUUCAUCCCUUCUCUACGGAAAAAGAACAAAUUUAACACCAAAACUAUAUUGCAACUUGUACUACAAAAAUAUUAACACCUUAGCCUCUUUCACUUCAUAUUAUAUAUAAUUUUCUUCAUAAUCUUCAAAUCAUAAACACGCAUGCUCUCACAUUCAUAAUAUUGCUUAGAGAAAGCACAUAGUAGAGAUAUUUUCAUUCUUUUUUUUUUAAUUAUUUAUAAAUAAAAAAAUGCCUUCUUCUCUUCAGCUUGAGAGAUUCAAUCCUACAAUCGCCAACGGUGUAAACUGUCCUAGACAGUCUCAAACACAACCACCGAACGGAGGAAGCAUCGUUCUAGAAAGCUUAGCUCUUCACCACGCGCAUAUGGUGGGACCCAACCAGUGUUGCUCCGUGGUGACACAAGUGAUCGAAGCUCCCGUCUCCGCCGUGUGGGCGGUGGUUCGACGAUUCGAUAAUCCACAGGGUUAUAAGAACUUCGUGAAGAGUUGCCACGUCAUCACUGGGGACGGUAAUAACGUGGGCACAGUACGCGAGGUUCGUGUGGUUUCCGGGCUUCCAGCCGAGUCGAGUAGAGAGCGGCUGGAGAUCUUAGACGAGGAGCGCCACGUCAUCAGCUUCAGCGUGGUUGGUGGGGACCACCGUUUGAGAAACUAUCGUUCCGUUACAACGCUUCAUUCUCUAAACGGAAACGGGACACUUGUGAUUGAAUCAUUCGUCGUUGAUGUACCGCAAGGUAACACGAAGGAAGAGACAUGCGUUUUUGUUGACACAAUCGUACGUUGUAAUUUGCAGUCGUUGGGUCAGAUCGCUGAGAACACGAUCAGAAAUUGAAACCAAACCUCCUUUUCGUUUUCAUUUUUUUGAAUAAUUUGUUUUUUUUCUUUUUCUUUUCGAUUGUACAUCAUCGUGACUUAGAUGCCAGCCUGGAUUGGGAUUUAAUGGAUCAGUAGGGUUUUUUGGGACUGCAAAUAUAAUUUGAAUAUAUAUAUUCAUAUUUAUUAGUU